GUGACAAUGUCACCCCGCAGAAUAUUCUAUACAACUGCCCUUUUUGAUUAGACGCUGAUAAGUAUGUCAACACUCUGGCGCUCUACAGCGUUGAGACCACACUUUACCCUCUUUCGAAAACAAAUGUUUGGUGUUUUAUUACUUAGUGGAAGUUUUGACAAGAUAAGAUAAACGACGUCAGCUUCAUAUCUUUAAACAUGCAGAGCAAAAACAGAACAUUAAAAAUUGGAAUCCUGGAGAUUCAAGGAGCAUUCCUCGAGCAUAAAAUAUCCCUUCUGGCUGCUGCUAAGGAACUGUCAGAUGACGUCACAGUUGACGUCAUCGGGGUCCGGAAUGUGUCACACAUUACGUCAGACAUGGUUGGCUUGAUUAUUCCCGGCGGUGAAAGCACAGCCAUAAGUCUAUUUCUGAGAAGAAAUGACAUGGAGGAGCCCCUGAAGAAUUGGGUUAAGGACAAAGAUCACGUGACUUGGGGAACAUGCGCAGGGAUGAUCCUUUUGUCAAAGGUCACGGAGAACCAAAAGAAGGGAGGUCAAUAUUCGUUGGAGGCCCUCGACGUAGUCGUAGCACGUAACCACUUCGGUAGACAAGUCAACAGCUUUGAGGGAGAUCUCAACAUCACCGACCCGGAACUACUUUCAAUACAAACCGGAAACGAACCAUUUCGUGGUGUAUUCAUACGAGCUCCUGCUAUCAGCAGGACAACAAACCCCAGUGUUAAGAUCCUGGCUUGCGCGUCAACUGAAGACAAACCUGAAGCAGUUAUUGUGGGUUGUCGUCAGGGGAAUGUUCUUGCAACGGCAUUUCAUCCGGAACUUACCGAAGAUUUCCGAUGGCAUCUAUAUUUUCUUCGAAUGAUUCAACAAAGAUGAUUAUGGAUCACAAAAGCGCAAAAGAAAGUAUGCACCUGUUUCACGGAGACAGACCAUGAUACAAACGAGAAAAUGACUUUGAAAAUGAAUUAAAUGUCAUAUCGAAUUUCCAAGUGUAUUCUUUCUUUUCCCGAUGCUUUCUAAUGUUUCAGUUUGAAACGAAAACAUUUUGUUUCAAGAAGUUGUAAGACUGUAUUUUGAUUUUUUCAGUAAUAAA